AUGGACGCUGGCGGCGCGUUCAAACGCAGUGUUCCGGAAACAAAGUUUCUCCUUUGAACUGUUGGACAGAAGCCUGUUCAUGCAUUCGGCAUCGCCGCAGAGGCUGCCUCUGCCUUUGAGUCGGUCGACCUUGUCGGCAGGCCUCCGUUUUUCGGCGACUCUCGACGUUUGAUGGAACCAGACGACCCUGGGAAGGUCGAACGUGGUUGUGACGGGCUUCUUCGCAGUACUUUACGCCACAAUGCCUCCGGAAGAUUCGAAGCGGCAAUUAAAAUGGAGAUUAUCAAAGACAAGAUUAGCACGCCGAAAAGAGCAAUUGAAAAUAUUCUAUGGCUAAGAUAA